AAGGAGACCGAGAAACAGUGAAAGAGAUUUUUCACAGGGGACGAAGUGGGACUGUUCUCCGUUCAUCAUGGAUUUCUCACGAGGGAUUCUGAUCCUGUUUUCUCUGAUAUGUUCAGUGGCUGGUCAGGCUCCUGUCGUCUCAGUGGAGCCCCAGACUGCUACUGUGCGCCAAGGGGAGUCUGUCAGCUUUAGGUGCCAGGCGCGGAGAGGUGCACAGCCGAUCCAACUGGUGUGGAAGAAAGCCAAUAGCCAAGCAUUACCAGUCAAUGUUAAGACCGGUCCUGAUGGCUCUGUGCUGACGGUUGCAAACGCUAGGCCCGACAACCAGGGCCAGUACCGCUGCGUGGCAUCCAACUCUGUAGGCCGCAACACUGCCACGGCUGUGCUGAACGUCAAACAUGCUCCUAAAGUGCACCUGACACCUGCAGGGCCCCUGCGAGUCAGGAUGGGUGACCCUGUGUCGGUGGAGUGUCGGGCCACAGGCAGGCCGCGGCCCACGCUGACCUGGAAACGCCAAGGCUCCACCCUGCAGCUGGUUACCAAGGAGGCAAACGAUGUCAACACCAUACAGUGGCCCGUAGUGCAUCCAGAGGACUCGGGAGUUUAUAUUUGCCAGGCUGAAAACAACGAAGGGGUGUCAGAGGUCAAAGUUGAGGUCAUUGUUGCGGGACUGCCGGGAGCACCAGUGGCUUCAGUGGGCGCUACAGAAAUGACAGUGGUGGAUGGACAUACAGUCACAAUGGAGUGUCAGGCCAGUGGUUCCCCUCCUCCUGUCAUCACGUGGUCCAAGCUGCGAGCACCGUUGCCAUGGAAACACACAAUGGCUGGUGGAGUUCUGACACUGACCAGCGUGGGGCGCCAAGAUUCAGGACAAUACAUCUGUAAUGCAACCAACAUCCAUGGCUACAGUGAAGCGUACACGCAGAUGGAGGUGGAGAGUCCUCCGUACGCCACCUCUCUUCCUGACCAGGUGAGGCUCCGGCCCGGAGACGCACUCCGCGUUCAGUGCCUCGCCCACGGCUCCCAUCCCAUUCAGUUUGAGUGGAGCCGGGGGGAGAGGGGGAGUCUGCCUCCGGGAGCAGAGACCACAAAGGAUGGAAAGCUGCUCAUAGCCCACGUUAGGCUGAGCGACAGCGGGACGUACAAAUGUGUGGCCACCAACCACAUCGGCUCUAGUGAAGCACUGGCCAAAGUCAUCAUCAAAGCUUAAUCCAAUGUGGUCUUGUCUGAUUGACAAACCAAUCCAUGCAGCGCCUACAAAUUCUGCAAGUUGGGGUUGUUGCCAUCAACAUGUUUAACAGCUAAUACUGAGAAAACACAGAACAUUGUAUUUUAUAGAUACAUACAUUUUGACGAAUGAAAGUGAAAGAUAUCAAUGCUGUUUAAACUUUUGGUUCUGUUAAUGUGGGGUUAAGUUUGUACUUUUAUAGAAAAUUGAUACUGUUGCCACUGUUGCCUCCUGUCUCAUAUCCCCCUCGGCUAGCUAUUCUCUGGAACUCAGUGUGGACUUACGUCAUUCAGUGUCUGUGUGUGUGGGGGAGUUUCUACUUGAGGAAUGCCUCUGCACCCUGUCUGCCUCCCUACAUGUCAUCUGCUAAGUCGACACUGUUGCACUUCCAAAAGUGUGGGGAGGACAAAGCAAAGGAAAGCCUGAUCUAAUACAAAAGCCCUUAUUGUGCUUGUAAAUUCAAAACAAUAAAGACCAAAUAAAACAA